AUGGAUGCUAUUAUUUACACGGGCGAAAUGGUGAUCCCCAAGGACCCACAGAAUGACGAAUUCUGGAAUAACUCGUGGGACAUGGGGGGCCUGAUAGUGAUCGGCCUGUUCAUUGCCACAUUCCUCUUCUUCAUCAUAUUCGCCAUUGUGUUCGGGUGUGUGGAAAGUACUGCGUGUGAGGAGGACUGAAGUGACUUCUGGAGCCUUCAGAGGACAGCAGGGGACAGCCCACACCAGCGGGAGCCCUCCAGUACCUCGGGCUCAGAAUCGAACUACUGGGUCUGGCUUUGGGAUUGGUCCAUUAGCGGGAUGGGAAGGCUGGUCUGAUACCAUUUCCAGCUCGCACACUCUGCUACCAGCUGAACACUGUGAGCGCAUGGAGAGGGGCUCUGUUCCACCUCAGAAGACAACAGCAAAGGCUCACAAGGUCUUCUAAUAAGUGUCCCUGUCCAGGCGGCAAUUUUACAAGUCCUUCACAGAGAAGGACACAAAAUAUCAGAUGAAGUAAAAAUUUCUUUUCA